AUGGUCUAUCUGCGAAAAAACGGCGUUUGGAAAAUCGUGGGUGAAGUGUUCCGGGCGAUGAACGAAAGUAGACCGGAUGAUCCAAUCGAGUAAACACAAAAAUAAUUAAUGAAACAUAUACAUCAUAAUUCAUCGUAUUAUAUACAUAUUACAAUAUUAUAUUUAUAUUUUUAUAGGUACACUAUAGGUACACAGAUAACGUUAUAACAAAUGCGUUUACAAAACAUAUUUCGGGGGAGGGGGGGUUAAGGUUGUACACUUUCAUACUAUUAUAACAAAAUAGUUUACUCGUUGACAGAAACCACUUUUUUUAGACUCUAUUCAAAUUCUACUUUCAUCAUAAUUUUUAUGAAAUUUCGGGGGGGGAAGGGGGUGACCCCUAACCCCACCCCCUCCCCUUUUACACGCGCCUGUACAUAUAAGUUUGUAUUAUAGCUGUGUUACUUUUUAUGUCCCCCGAAUCGUAUAGGUAUUUUAGGGCAAACAUGAAGCCCGAAAACGACGACUGUGUGUAUGCCGACCAAAUGCGACGUAAAAUCGCGGAAGACGAGGAGAUAAUGAAACGUUUAAAAUACGACAAAGUGUUUUUGUCCGAUUUGCUAAGCGAGCGAAUUCACGCCAAAAUGAAAAAUUCGCGUUUACGGGGCAACAUUGAUGACGACUAUGCCGAGGAUAACGUAAUGGGCGAAACAUCGUUUACUGAUGCCGAUCACGUCGAAUAG